AUGUGGCCGAGUGGCCUGAACUCCCGACUUUGUCCACUCUCGUCGGUACUCACUGAAGCAUCUGCCGGCGUCCGACUGUCCUACAGCCAUGCGGGUUCGAGCCGGCGCUCCGAGGUGGCAUCACCAGACCGGCUACUCGAGUCGUCAAGCGGCCGGGAGGACAGUGCUGCCUGUCCGACGGACGUCCUGUUGGACGCUCGCGAUGGUACCACAUGCAGCCGGUCAACUGGCCUCUCUUCCUCUUUUUCACCCUCGCCCCUACUUCACUCUUCGUCUUCAUCCCUUCAGAAUACUCUGAUUUACUUUCCCUCCUCCUUCUCGAUGAAAUGUCCCAUCGCCCAAACGUCUCCACGUCGAUCGCAAACCCUCUUUCUGCUCGACAGUCUACAGAGUCUGUCGUUCGCCGGUCUGUCCGACCGUCGUCAUAACAACAAGAGGCUCAACGAGCCGUCAGAGCCCGACAGUCCCAGUCGGACCGGAGCCUCGGAGAGACUGUCCCAUCUGACCAGACCUUGGACUCGGCUCUGGCGUGUCUCCGAGGCUCGUGGACUCUGCCGCGUGGACAAAGCAAAGAAAACGCAGAUUGCUGAUGCCUCGGGGACAAAGUUCGACUUCACUCCGACCGGCUGUGGGGCUGGAUACCUGUUUGGACCCGGAGCAGGCGGAUUUGUUGCCAACGACUGGCGGAUUCGAAUGUUGGCCGUCUCCCUGGCGCUGGCCACCAUCAUUAUUUGCGCAUAUGGACUGUUGUUUUUCAGCUCUUCGCUUUCCCUCUACUUUUCGCCCUUUUCUUCCUCUUCCUCUUCCUCUUCCUCCUCCUCCUCACCUCUUCUCUCCCACUCCACUUCACCUGCAAACUCAUUCCACUCUCCUCAAUCGAAUUCCACCUUGCCGUCGUCACCUCCAAAAGUUGGAAUGUCUCCGAGGCCGGGUUCGCUGAUUUGGUGGUCGCGAGGGCAACAGUCACUGGCGGCAGACGAGUCGACGACCGGCCUUGACGACGCAACCAAGGUCUGGCAACUGGCGGCCUCGAGGCGACAUUUGAUGCCCGAGCGUCAGGCAGAAAGAGGUCUGAGUGCACGUAUCUCUCAGACCCCCAUGGCCGGUCAGCCGAGAGACCAGAAUUGGCCGAGCGAGGCUAGCUGGUCCGAGCCACGGUCGGAUCUCUUACAGACGGACUCUUGGCAAUCCGCAGCAAAGGUCGUUAAGACGAAAGAGCCCAUUCGUCUCUGGCCUCGGCCGAACGGUGAGUAUGAGAGCGAAUCCCAAUACGAUUGUCUACAGACAUUGUGA